AUUUCCACGUAUUAUCGCUAAAGUGAGAUUAAUCGAAGUCAUGUAGCUAGUAACUAUCGUGCGUUUUAUCCAAAUGUUGAUCUAGCUAGCUACGUCAACAAUUAAUGUCCGCACUACAGCUGUUUAGAAACCGAGAGUGUGUUGUUAACCCAUGCCAUGUGUUUUGCGAGCUACAGUAGCUAACGUUAGCUAGUUAACUCGUGCUAUCAACAUACAAGGUAGCUAGUUAUAACAGCCAGCAACGAAACUAUGGACAGAGGACAAUGUUCAGACGUUUUCAAUUAUUAGCCAUCUCUUCAGGAAGAAUCACAACAUGGAACAUGUGAUUUGUCCUCCAGCUCGAGACUAAAACUCUUCGAUGCGAUGGGUGUAUUGAAUGCUCUUCGAAGGGGCCUUGUGAGAGGAGCAGAUCGUAUGGCUGAAUUCACCAGCAAGCGUGGCUCAAGGACUCACUACAAAGGCAGAGGGGCACAGCCAACGGGAGUACUGACCUCCAGCAGAAAAUUUGUUCCAGUACAGGCAAUGAUCCCUCAGUUUGUGGUGCCAAACUUGGAGGGAUUCAAACUCAAGCCCUACGUGUCGUACCGCACCCCGGCUGGAACGGAGCCCGCUGUCACCCCUGAGGGUCUGUUCUCUGAGACUGUGGCCCCACAGAUCCAGAAAGACUUUGAGGAAGGCUCCUUUGAUAAGGAACAGCUGGAGAAAUACGGGUUUGAACCCACACAGGAAGGAAAGUUAUUCAAACUCUACCCCAAGAACUUUAUACGAUAAGUAGUCCACCAAAUAUUAUCCAUCUGGAACUCUUGAGUGUUAAGGAUCAUUGACUUAUUUUGUUUGUGUUGGGAGAUGUGUGUUGGGAGGUCAAGAGGUUGUUUUACUGGACCCUGGUGUAUUGUGAAUGUGCUUGCUGAAAGUACUAGUAUUUGCACUUCUUAUUAAAACAUGUAUAUUAUG